AAGCUGCGUAAUGUUUUUAACUCGAUCUGGCAAUGCAGUAGUGGUAGUUAUUCGGCUUUUUUCUGUUUCUGUAAGGCGCUGCAGAAACAUCUUGUCAUCAUCAUGGAGGAUAUGUGUGUAGUUGUUCCCGAGCGAACGGAAGAAGCUAUUCCGGAUUUAAAACCAAACGUCAAUUUAUUAAUUCCAACCAUCAAUGAAGCACUUGACAUCGACGAUCUUUACACUAAAUACAAGAAAUUACAAAUGCAGCUAGAAUCGUUGACUGUGCAGGAAGCUUACAUCAAAGAUGAACAAAGAAAUCUGAAGAAGGAAUACCUGCACGCUCAAGAGGAAGUGAAACGGAUUCAGAGUGUACCAUUGGUCAUUGGACAGUUUCUCGAAGCUGUUGAUCAGAAUACUGGAAUUGUUGGCAGCACAACUGGGUCCAAUUACUUUGUCAGAAUUCUUUCAACCAUUGACAGGGAACUCUUGAAACCAUCAGCAAGUGUUGCCUUACACAAGCACAGCAAUGCUCUUGUUGAUGUACUACCACCAGAAGCAGAUUCUUCCAUAUCUAUGCUUGGAGCAGAUGAAAAACCUGAUGUGUCAUAUGCUGACAUUGGUGGAAUGGACAUGCAGAAACAAGAAAUGAGAGAAGCUGUAGAGCUACCAUUGACACAUUUUGAGCUUUAUAAGCAAAUUGGUAUUGAUCCCCCAAGAGGUGUAUUGAUGUAUGGGCCUCCAGGAUGUGGCAAAACCAUGUUGGCCAAAGCAGUGGCACAUCAUACAACAGCAGCCUUUAUCCGUGUUGUGGGUUCAGAAUUUGUCCAGAAAUAUUUAGGUGAAGGUCCUCGAAUGGUGCGCGACGUGUUUCGUCUUGCCAAGGAAAAUUCUCCUGCAAUUAUUUUUAUUGAUGAGAUCGAUGCCAUCGCAACCAAGCGUUUUGAUGCUCAAACUGGUGCCGAUCGUGAGGUUCAGCGCAUUUUGCUGGAAUUACUUAAUCAGAUGGACGGUUUCGAUCAGACGACCAAUGUUAAAGUAAUUAUGGCAACCAAUCGAGCCGAUACGUUAGAUCCUGCUCUUCUCCGUCCCGGUCGUCUAGAUCGUAAAAUUGAAUUCCCGUUGCCCGAUCGGCGACAGAAACGAUUAGUUUUCGCGACUAUAACCGCAAAGAUGAAUCUAAGUGACGAGGUGGAUUUGGAAGAUUUUGUUGCGAGACCAGAUAAGAUUUCUGGCGCAGACAUAAACGCAAUCUGUCAAGAAGCCGGCAUGCAUGCUGUUCGAGAGAACCGCUACAUUGUUUUGGCUAAAGACUUUGAAAAGGGAUACAAAAAUAACAUUAAAAAGGAUGAAGCAGAGCAUGAGUUUUAUAAAUGAGUUCGUUUUGCUUGUCUUUUUUUUUUUUUGUUCUCAAGUAUACACACCAAUACACAACAAAUUCUGUUCGGAAA